AUUUCUCAGAUUAACAUUAUAUCAAAAUACAAAUAUAUUUCUCAGAUUAACAUUAUAUCAAAAUACAAAUAUAUUUCUCAGAUUAACAUUAUAUCAAAAUACAAAUAUAUUUCUCAGAUUAACAUUAUAUCAAAAUACAAAUAUAUUUCUCAGAUUAACAUUAUAUCAAAAUACAAAUAUAUUUCUCAGAUUAACAUUAUAUCGAAAUAUAAAUAUAUUUCUCAGAUUAACAUUAUAUCAAAAUACAAAUAUAUUUCUCAGAUUAACAUUAUAUCAAAAUACAAAUAUAUUUCUCAGAUUAACAUUAUAUCAAAAUACAAAUAUAUUUCUCAGAUUAACAUUAUAUCAAAAUACAAAUAUAUUUCUCAGAUUAACAUUAUGUCAAAAUAA